AUGCCAACAGUUCGUUCUAGUCCAUUCCACCAAAUGGAAAACCCUGCCUUACUAUCAUUCCUUCAACGAACCACUCAUUCCGGAAGCAAGAAACCUAAAUCAGGCAGCGGUGGCGGCCUUGUCCGCAUGUUCAAACUCCUCCCCAUGUUAACCACCGGCUGCAAAAUGGUUGCACUCUUGGGCCACCAAAGAAAGCCUUUACUAACAGACGGCGCCACCACUGGGACCAUCUUCGGAUAUCGUAAAGGACGAAUAAUUUUAGCCAUACAAGAAGAUCCUCAUCGCAUGCCGAUCUUUGUCAUAGAACUUCCUAUUCUCACAACUGCAUUUCAGAAAGAAAUGGCAUCGGACAUACUCCGAAUCGCCCUUGAAACUGAGACAAAGACACACAAGAAAAAAGUCUUGGAAGAAUUUGUGUGGGCGGUUUAUUGCAAUGGUGUUUUGCCAAGUCCAUGGGAGAAGGAAAAAACAGCAGCUGAUGGGGAAAUGACAUAUAUGAGGGCAAGAUUUGAUAGGGUUGUGGGAUCAAAAGAUUCUGAAUCAUUUUACAUGAUAAAUCCAGAUGGUGCAUUGAGACAAGAACUUAGUAUUUUUUUUGUAAGANUUUACAUGAUAAAUCCAGAUGGUGCUAUGGGACAAGAACUUAGUAUUUUUUUUGUAAGAAAGUAA